AGAUACGUCGCAUAUUGUGAAAGUAGAUCAUGAGCAAAUCAAAACGCAUCCUACAUCAAGCACCCUCGAGGCAGCUGCGAACCCCAGUAAAAAGGAGGAUACGCAUAUGAGUGACGGCGAGGUGCAAGAAGAAGAUCUACCUGGGUCUAUCUCUGUGCUGGUGAAGUCUUUGAAGGGAGCCACGUACACCAUAAAGGUAUUACCGAGUGACCUUGUCGCCGUACUCAAAAACAAGUUGUCGAAACAAACUGCCAUAUCCAUUGAUCAAAUACGAUUGAUACUGAAAGGGAAGGCCGUGGCGGACACAAGUACGAUCGAGGAGGCCAAGCUCAGCGAUCAGUCCAAGAUUCACUUCACUAUCAAACCAGCAGCCAAAACAACGGUCCCGAUGCCCUCGGAGAGUAUAGGCAAGUCCAAACCAUCAACGAAAGCAGAGGCAAACAACAGGCCUGAAGUUAAAACUGAAGCGCAAUUCUGGGCACAACUGGAAGACUACUUGAAGGGAUCGAACCGCACAGUAGAAGGCUUCGUGCAAAAUCUGCUGGCAGCUAAAAAAUGAAGGCUACAAAAUUAGGAAUGGAUGUGAGCGAACUCAAGAUGGUUCUCUGUCCGAAUAGAGAAGAAUAUCAAGUAAUCCGAAUAUAUGUAUUAAAGAGCAGCGCAACUUAACGAGAAAGACCC